AGCUGCAGGUCGAGCUUAAAAUAACCCCCUGGUCUCCAAAGAAGAGACCCAAGUCCACAGCACACCGAUUUCGGGGCUGCCAAGCAGGAUGAGCAGCCGCCGGGCUGGAGAGAAGUGCCAGUCAGCCUGCAGGAUGCUGCUGCCCCUCUGCCUGCUGCCGCUGCCCUUGGGGGCCACCGCCGCCCUUCCCCUGGAGGGCGGCCUCGCCGGCCACGACAGUGGGCAUGUACAGGAAGUGGCAGAAAUAAAGAAAAACAGCCUGUUGACUUUCCUUGCGUGGUGGUAUGAGUGGGCCUCCCAGGCCAGGGCAGUGUCCUUUGUAGGAGGGGAAGCCAGGGAGGUGUCCAAACGGCAGGAAGUCCUGCCCCUCCAACAGUCCACUCGCUGAGAGAAAACGCCCUGCAAGAAUUUCUACUGGAAGACCUCCUCCUCCUGCAAAUAA